AUGGCAUCAUCCCCGUUGGCUUUUGCCUUUCUGCUUCUUCGCCUCUCUGCUUGCUAGCCGCUGACAUCUGCGGAGCACCUCCAGCCGGCGCCGCCGACUCCACUGUCCUCUUCCCAGGUUGUAGACGUUUGAGUAAUCAUGAAGGUAAGGUCAUCUGUGAAGAAGAUGUGUGAGUUCUGUCGGACAGUUAAGCGUCGAGGACGUGUAUAUGUGUUAUGUACGGCCAACCCUAAGCACAAGCAAAGACAAGGCAUGUCAACAGUUGCUCAAGCAAUGUCAUCUCAUACCGUGUCCUCAGAGCCAAGUGCCAAGCAGAUUAGUUUUACCAACAGCUCACGUACAGGCCUGGCUUCCCUUCUUCCUCAAAGGCACGGCCUCUCUAUGUUGUAUGGAUGGAGGGUGGGCCUGGCCUCUAUUCUGUCUAAAAGGUAAAACAAACACGGUUAGCGCCUUGGAAUCCAAAGAUUAUGUUGGAAGCAGUGACUUACUAUGAGAAGAACCUCAUAAAUAAUUACCACUCUUGAUCAGGGCCUUUGCCUCCCUCCUUUCUUUCUAUUGUUUAUGAAGUCUAGCUUUGCUUUGUUUUGUUCACUGUUAGAAGGUAACAGGUGCAGCAAGACUUAUGUGGACCCUUUAGUAUGCAUUCUUGGUAUUAUUUGGAAAAUGUAAAACUUUGGUACAGGGCUUUUUGCCUGUUACAAUCUUUCUUGGGUCUUCUUUUUA